GGGCUGUCACGAAAACGUCACCGUCACGUCAUUUCGUAUUCACAUUCAGCUCACCCCGUCUAUGCGAGUAAUAUGCACUGGCACCCGUGGUGGUGCGAGCAAAAACACAGCUCAAAGAUGAUCUAUUACAAAGCGACGAAAGCCGGUUGCGCUGUUCAACAAUGUGGCUAUACAUAUGCGGCGGCCUGUGCGUUUGACAAGGCACCGCAGUGGGGCGAACCAAUAUACAUAGCUGAUCCUAAUGCGUAUGGAUGUAGUACUGACGAAGAUUGUAGCAGUGUAAUAAACGGUUCUAUUUGUAAGACAGGAUAUUGGUCAGGGCUUUGUGGCUUUAAGGCCCCCACAACCACCACAUCCACCACUACUUCUUCAACAGAAAUUACAAGCUCUGCACCAGAAACCUCAGCUCCUUCGAGGGCUACUGCAACUUCUGCAGCAGGAAAGACAACGUCGGCAACAGGAUCGACGAAAUCCACAGGAACUACGAAAGAGACUGAACCGUCAUCCACCGUAGCAACAUCAACUAGUCAAUCUGAAUAUAUUAUCAAGUUGAUCAAUGAAAUGAGAGCAGAAGUAGCGAAUGGUAACAUAUCCACAUCGUAUGGAUCACUACCAAGUUCUUUGCAUAUGUUCCAAUUGGUACGUUACCAGACAACUUCUUGUUUAUGA